AUGGCCAUGGUCAAAGCAGGAGACAAUGGCUUUGAGGAGGGAUCUGUGGUCAAUGUAACCAACACGGCGGAUCAGUACGCGUAUUGCGUUGCGUGGGACAACGCAAACCAGAGAGUCCAACGCGAAGGCUGGCUUGCACAAGCGAGCCUGCAAGAGUUGAGCUCCGCAGAGUACACGGUCGCUGCGGCAUGGAGGUUGCCGUUGAUCGAAGUACUUCGCCACACAACCAUUGCCGAAGUCAUCCAGGAUUAUGCCUCGAGCAGUGCCCUCGCUGUCCAAGAAGGAGAUCUUGUGCAGAUCUCCCAGCAGGCUGAUGGCUGGGCUUACGGCACUGUGCUCAAGGACACCUACCAGAAAGUCGAGGGCCGGCUGGAGGUCGGGCGUCAAAGUGGGUGGAUACCCACCUUCGUCCUGAAGCCAAGACAGUCCUGCGUGAGCGACCUUUGCGCCGAGGAGCAGCAGCAAGGUAGUAGACAACAAAAACGGAGUGAUGAGGCAGUCAAACAGCUGCUCGACCUGCUCCAGAACUGCCCACCCUCGCCGGACCAGCUGCUUGUGGCAACCUUCGCCUCCAUUUAUACCACCUUCAUGUGCAGCUCAAGCGCGGGAGCUCGCAGAGACGCCCUUGGGUUUGCAGAACAAGCAUUGGCCAUCGCCAUUCCGCGGGGCUUGACAGAGGAGGAUCCAGCUCGAAGCCACGAUAACAAGAAGAAGGAGCUGCAGACGCUCUACGACCUCGCCUGGGCACGACUUCACACUGGCGUGGAAGGCGCUGCCGUUCAGCCCUGGCGCGAGGUCCUGGCGAUUGCAUCCUUGCUGCAGGGCCAGGCCCAGGUGCUCCAGAAGCCAGGUGAAGCGCUCCGGCUGGUGGACUUGGGCCUCAUCCUUGGCGGUCCUGAGAGCUUCGCCGCCCCGGAGCUCUUUGCCUUGGCAGAGCAGCUCGCAGCGGAGCUGGCAGAGGACACUGAUGCAGGCAGCCGUGAUGCGAAACGUGCUCGCGCAGAGCCUCCCCCAGGCAAUCUGUUAUCGGACAUUUCGUCCGAGCUGCCGCACAUACGUUGCCUGCCUGAGGAGGUGCCGGCACACCAAUCACUUGGCUUGGAGCGCUUCCUUGUGGAGCACUUGGGGCCCCGCCGGCCACUGAUCUGGCGCGGUGGCUGUGCUGACUGGCCUGCUACAAGGAAAUGGCCUCGCGUGGAAUUCUGGUCGACCGGCUCUCUAGGCCAGCGAUGGGUGCCGGUGGAGAUGGACUAUUGGCUCGACGAGGGAUUUCAACUCAUGCAGCUGUCGGCCUUUGUGAAGCACUGCAAGGAGGCUGAGCGCAGGCCUUCGCCCAAAGCAGGCCUCUCCGCAGGAGGCUACCUGGCCCAGCAUGCUCUGUUUGAGCAGCUGCCACAGCUUGAGGCCGACAUUCUCACGCCAGAUCUGGCUCUAUGUGGCGAGGGCUCCCUGCUACGGCAGGUCUUCUUCGGCCCACGCGGCACGGUCACGCCAGUCCACUCGGACCCGUACGAGAACAUCUUCUGCCAGGCAGUGGUUUGUCCAGAGGAGGGGGGAGGGCGGGGAGACAGAAGCUGCCGCAACAAACACUGCCUCGCGCCUCCCUGA